AUCAUCACAAGGCAAGCACGAAUUUGCAGACUCAACCCCCUGUCCACCUCCGAGUCGUCUUCUUCUUCUUGAUACUGGGGUUAGGUCUGUCCUCUGAUCCGAUCACCGAGACCCUUGUUUCCCGUCAAUAUUACCUUGAGUUCUAGAUAGAGAAAGUGGGUUUUAGAGAGAUAAAGUUUGAGAUUUACAGAGAGAGAGAGAGAGAUUGAAUUAUGCAGAGGCAAAGUCCUCCGAAGCACAGACACGAUGGGACUUCGCCUUUGCCUCUGGGUAUGGAUUGGAGUCCUCCGCCCCGUAAAUGGAUUGGGCAGGAUACCGUUUGGCCACAUGAUCCUCACACAGGAUGGAGUUAUUGUGUUGCAAUUCCUUCUUGGGUUGUUCUUCCGAAAUCAAGAGAUUCAGAUCCUGUUGUGUUUUACAGGGUUCUGGUUGGAAUACAAUCACCAGAAGGGGUUACAGCUACAAGAGCAGUAUUAAGAAGAUUUAACGAUUUCUUGAAGUUAUUUGCUGCACUCAAAAAGGCAUUUCCCCGGAAGAAUCUCCCACCAGCUCCACCAAAGGGACUCUUACGAAUGAAAAGCAGGGCUCUGUUGGAGGAGAGGCGGUGUUCUUUGGAGGACUGGAUGUCAAAGCUACUUUCUGACAUUGAUUUAUCAAGAAGCAUUGCAGUGGCAUCUUUCCUUGAACUUGAAGCUGCUGCUAGGUCUUGUAUGUGUAUUUAA